AAGAACGUGGAUGUGCACGCGCGCGCACGCACGCACACAAAAGUUUGGACUACUCGUCGUGAUUUCUUCCACGCACUUUGUUCCACUUCACGCGCGUGUGGAUUUCUUCUUCUUGGAGCGGCGGGAUUCGGUUGUUGUGGCUUUUAUUACAUUUUGAGCGUAGGUCUUGACGAAGAGUGGGGGAGAACGACUGUCUGCGUUAAGGUUUUUUGUAUUAUUUGUCAAGCGUGUGACACCCCUUUGCCCCACAUGGACGCGCACCGAGGCGGCGGCGGCAGCGCGCCCCCGGUCGGUCAGCAAGUGGUGCACGUCCGCGGCGACUCCCAGAGCGAGCUGGAUGCCCUUUUCAGUGCGGUCAUGAACCCCGGCAAGGCCGCCCAGCAGCCCGCAUCGGUGCCCAUGAGGUUGCGAAAGCUGCCCGACUCCUUCUUCAAACCGCCGGACCCUCGCACGCACUCCAGACAGGCUAGUUCGGACGGCGGUGUGUGUGCAUCCCUCACCCCUCACCACGUGCGUGCCCACUCCUCACCGGCCUCUCUGCCAGUCAACAUGCCUGAUGCGGUGGUUGCAGCUGCUGCGGCGGCAGCCACAGCGGCAGCUACCGCGCCUUUCAUACCAGACGAUGUGCCGCUUCCGCACGGCUGGGAGAUGGCCAAGACGCCCGCUGGGCAACGUUACUUCCUCAACCACCUGGACAAGACCACCACCUGGCACGACCCCCGCCUGACACAGCUCCAAUCGACCGCCCAGCCGCACCCCGGUCCGUCCCCCGCUCACGCUCACUCUCUCAGUAACCCGGCUCCCACCACCGCCACACCUCCCAGCAGUAAUCCAGAUGCAGGUGGGCUGCCUGAUGGCUGGGAGCGGGCCACCACCGCCGAGGGGGACGUGUACUACGUCGAUCACAUAAAUAAGAGCACCACGUGGCUCCACCCGCGUCUAGGCCUGUUGAGUUUGGUCAUGCAGCAGCGCAAGGAGAAAGAGAGACAGCGAUGCAAGCAACACAUGCAACUCAACACGCAGGACACAAUCGGUGGAGGAAGGAACCAGAUGCCCGCUGCUAUGGAUCAUGAUAGAAACACACUUGCUCCACCAGUGGAUGUCCGGAUCCGAGCUCCCACCCACGAACCCACUCUCAACGGUGGCGCUCACUCGCGCAACGAGAGCACCGACAGCGGCCUGAGUGUCAGCAGUCUGCCGCGCUCGUCCGAACUGGCGCUGGCCUCUUUGGACCACAUGGACACAGGUGAGUGUGGAGAGUCGUCGACUUUACAGGACUCCCUGCCGACGAUGAGCGAGGGUGAGGAGCUGAUGCCCUGCAUCCCGGAAGGUCUGAGUUCGGACCUCCUGAUGGACAUGGAGACCGUCCUGUCUGGCUCACACAUGGACAGGGACAGCCUGCUCACCUGGCUAUAGAGAUGCCAAUUUGUGUCUUUUCAAGAACAUUUUGUAUGGCUGUUUGACACUAAAACAAGAUGGACGUCAUUUGCCCACACACGACGGAAGGACGCCUGACGCCAGCCCCUGUAGCAUAUAUUGUCACCUCAGGUGAUCAAAAAGAAACAAUGAAGGAAAAUCGUGAAAGCUUUAAUCAAGUGAAGUCAUUGUACAAAUUUGAUGUAAAAUGCAUUGAUUUUAACUUGUGGUUCCAAUAUUUAGGGGUCAAAAUAUUAGGAGCAGCUGAGGUAAAAAAAAAAAAAAAAAGUGGCAUACGUAAAGUUUUUCCUAAUAUUAUGGUUGAGCGUUAUAGGUGUGUUUUUUCAAGUGACGUUUGUUUUAAAGAUGAAGUACAAAUUUUUAUUGCGCCUGGAUAUGGCAAAUGAAGAUUUUUCAAGGACGCUUAAAGCAGCAACAUACUCGUUGGAGAUGUUGUUGCGCUGUGUUAAUUAUUAAAAUGAUUUUACGCAUUCCCCUCAGUGCAACACUAGCUUACAAAUUAUCUUAGGAAGAUGCAUGACACUAUAAGAUAUAUAUAUAUAUAUAUAUGUAACAUGAUAAGCGUUGAUCCAUUUACAGAGUUUUGUACCUUUGUUUUAAUGCAUGUGCUUUCUAUAACCAUUUAUUUUAUUCUCAGUAUUUGUUUGCAUAAACGUUUAAUACAAAUAAUGAAGUAAAGUGUGUGGUAAAACAUACUGAUAUUUUAAUGUAACUAUUGUUUUUAAAAAACCUGAUGUGUUUAUAUACGAAUAAAAAAGUAAUAAGAGUACUUAUCCUCCUUUUAAGAUGCCAGACUGCUUUUUAACACAUUGGCUGCCAUUGACGGGGAUAGACGUUCAAUCCAAUUUGACUUGAUCGAGGACUGCCGGCCGCUUAAUCAAAUUGGAUUGAACGUCUACCACUGUCAAGGGCAGUGAAACAUAGUUACUUAGUGCCAGGCAUGAAUAAGAAAUGAAUACAUCUAAAAUUAACUAGAAACUGCAAACUCUGGAGCUAUUACGAUGGGGCUUUGUUGUUGUUGUAGGUACAGAUCUAUCAGGUCACUUCCUGUUGAUUUAGGGACAUUUCGGGGACAUGUUUGGUUGCAUGGCUGUCAAUGGCAUCGACAAACGUGGGCGCCAGUUGAAUGUCAAUGAGCUGUGAUGCUAAGUAUUUGGUCAAAAAUCACAACCACCCAGGUUUUUCUGCCAUUGAAAAUCAGAGAAAUUUGGACGUACAUGGCCGUCAAUGGCAUGGACGUGCAUGGCUAUUGUGGCGUUGCCUUAGUGGGGCGCCAGUUGUAUGCCAAUAGGCUGUGAUGGUAAAAAGUCAAAAAUCCCAAGGACCUGUUUUCC